AUGAUCUCCACAGGAGAAUCCCUCAGCAACCCACACCCGCAAAACAACCUUCUCCACCACCUCCAACAGACCAGCGAAAGCCUCCAAACAAAAGGCCACCCCCGAGAAGCAACCACACUAACCGACGUCCUCGCCAUCUGCACCCAGUCCCCAGAGCUAGGUGGUUUAGGUCUCUCCACUACAGAUGAGUUAACCCCGGAACAGCAGUCCGAGAUCCAAUUCCUCGCGUCCGCAUGGCUGGAAUCUCUCAACUCCGCAGACAGGUCCAAAUCCCCUCUUACCCCCCUCUCGUCUCGACCGCGUGGUCAGCGCGCAAUGACCCUCUCUGAGAAAAUCUUCGCCGUGCAUGAUAUCCAGCGCAGGGGGUGCGUCGCUCCGGGAGAGCUUAUCUGUGUUGAUGUUGAUUGGGUUAUUGCGUCGGAGGCUUCGUGGGCGGGCAUGGAGACAACGUACACGCGUUUAGGCCAGCCCGGGAUAUUUCGCAAUGAUCGCUUUUGGCUGGUGGGGGACCAUGUCGUGGAUCCUCGUUUUAAUGCACUUCCUAAGGUGCGGGCGUUGAUUGAUGCGAGUGAGAGGGCGAGGCGGGUUUUUAAGAUGACGGAUUAUCAGGGGAUGAAUUAUACAAUCCUGCACACCGAAUUCUACCGCGAAAGAGCACAACCCGGGAUGCUCGUCGUCGGCUCAGACUCACACACUUGUUCGUCCGGGGCACUCGGCUGUCUAGCUAUUGGUCUCGGAGCUGCAGAUGUCACGCUGCCCCUUGUCACAGGAGAGACCUGGUUCAAGGUUCCUGAAUCCGUCAGUAUCCGUCUCGUGGGGUCUCCGAGGCCCGGCAUCGGGGGCAAAGACGUGAUAUUAUACAUUCUGCAACAGCUGAAGAGAAACACCGUUGCAUCGGAGAGAAUAGUGGAGUUCACCGGCCCUGGAGUGAAAUACUUGUCGUCGGAUGCCCGGUUUGCUAUCUGUAAUAUGACAGCGGAAUUCGGCGGUAUCACAGGACUGUUCGUCCCCGAUGAAGAAACCCACGCUUUCGUUCAGGGUCGACGGCUCCCGCGCCACAAACAAGACAGCGUCUAUCUCAAGCCCGACGAAGACGCGCACUACGCCGAGACAUGCGAAAUCGACCUUGGCGAAGUCCGCUCUUUUCUAUCCCGGUAUCCUCGACCGGACGAUGUCGUCCCCGUCGCUGACCACGAAGACAUGGAACUAGACGGGUGCUUCAUCGGCGCUUGCACCACGACCGAGGAGGAUCUCAUCCUAGCAGCCUUGGUUCUCGAACAGGGCUUCUUGCAGGGUCUCAAACCAGUCCGCAAGGGCAAAAGAAAGGUCGUUCCAGGGUCAAUGCCCAUCCUGCGUCGGCUUCGUGAAUUGGGCCUUAUUGAGCUGUACGAGGAUGCCGGAUUCGAGAUCGGCGUUCCGGGAUGUAGUUACUGCGUGGGGAUGUCGGCUGAUCAGGCGGGCCCGGGGGAAGUUUGGUUGUCGUCACAAAAUAGGAAUUUUGAGAACAGGAUGGGAAGGGGGUCAAUUGGGCAUCUAAGCUCGGCUGCUACCGUUGCUGCUUCGUCUUUUGGAAUGAAGCUGCGUGAUCCUCAUGAUCUACUUAGUGCUAUUGACACGCAGCGAUGGGAAUCUUUGAGACGUUUUAGGGCAGCAAGCUCGGUAAACAGCGUCGUAUACGUCGAGCCGAAUGGGUCUGACUCCCAGCACUUGGAGACACCUCUUUCUCUGGAAAGCAGUCAGACAGUCUCAACAGGAGGCAUAACACACAAUGCUACGUUUACAACGCAGACACUUACAGGAAGAAUCCAAAGACUGGGCGACUUCAUCGACACAGACGCCCUAGCACCAGCGGAAUUCCUCAUGGACAUGAAUACCAACGAAGCCAGCGGACAACACUGUCUCCAAUACACACACCCAGACUUUCGCCACCGCGCCAGACAGGGUUUCAACAUCGUGGUUGCAGGCCAGGCAUUUGGGUGCGGGUCGUCGCGUGAACAGGCCGUUAUGGCUUUACUGGGCACCGGCAUCCAAUGCAUAAUCGCCAAAUCCUUUACGUUCAUCUUCCAACGCAACAUGCCCAACCUAGGACUCCUGGGCAUCGUCCUGCAAGAUGAAUCAUUCUACGACGUUGCGCUCGACGGACGCGACAUUUCCAUUGACUUUGUGACUAAUGUUUUCAGCGUUGGUGGACGCAACUUCGCGUUCCGGCUUAGUCGCAUGGAGAAAGCGCUGUUUGAGCAUGGGGGUGUUGCUUCUGCUUUUCGGAGAUUCGGGAAGAGGCUGUUUGAGGUUAUGGCUGUGGAGAGGGGUUUGGGGGGGAGGGAUAGGGCUAAGGUGGUUCAAUCUGGUGGUGCUGCUGGCUUGGAGUGGUGA